AUGGAUUAUAGCGAAUACACAUUUGAAAAUUCUUCUGUGAAUAAUGAUUCACAAACAAUCUCUGGUAACAGAAUACGCCUUGCAUUUGAAGAGGAUGAUGAUGAAGCGGAUCUUACACAAGAGAGAAUUGUACGACAACAGUUGGAUUCUUUUGAUGACUUUAUUGAGCGUGGUCUAUAUGAAGUUAUAAACGAAACCCCAAUGCAAGCGAUUAGAUAUUCUGCUUUGAAGAUGGGCAAGGAAAUAAUGACUCAAUACAGUUUCGAGUUUGAUAAACCAUCAUUUACUAAACCUCAAUUUUCCGAGUAUGAGAGUAUUAAAAAGCAAUUGUUCCCUAAUGAAGCUCGCUUAAGGGGUUUAACUUAUUAUGAAAUCGAUUACAAUGAAAAUGAUUUAAAAGGAUAUGUGAAGACUGUGGUUGAUGAACCGAUUUCUGUUAUGGUACUUUCUAAAUUUCUCAUAGCUGAUUUGACUUUUGAGGAACUGAAAGAACAUCAUUAA